CAGAUAUAUCUGUAGAUAUAUAUACACCUUUGGGCUUUGCAGGGCGAUAUUUGGGCGGCUGUUGUGGAGGGUAAGGUGUUGGUUCACUGCGAGGGGAAGGGGUCACCCGCCUCACGGUCCAAGCCUGUUGCUGUCACAGGCUGCUGUCCUUGGUCUGAUGCACUUUUCCACCGUUUGCAUUAAAAAAGUAAGCCGGAGACUCUCUCCCUCCACGUGUCUAGGUGGGGCCUGGCCCACGUGCUUCUGAGUGUUUUUCUGUACCCUUUUAUUUGGGUGGGGGAAUAUGCCCCAAAACUCCCUCUUUGCUUAGAAUGGAAGACAACCCACAGGAAGCAGUCUUCCGCGAGGUGGUGAGUUUCACCCCGGAUCCUCUGCCAGCUAGAUACUAUGACAAGGACACCACCAAGCCCGUCAGCUUCUACUUCUCGUCGCUGGAGGAGCUCCUGGCGUGGACGCCCGCCGUGGAGGAAGGCUUUAAUGUGGCCUUGGUGCCCGCCCAGUGUCGGCAGCCCCCCCUGAGCAGCCGGCGGCCCCGCACCUUGCUCUGCCAUGACAUGAUGGGCGGGUACCUGGAUGACAAGUUUAUUCAGGGCUCAGCGGCGCAGGACCCCUAUGCCUUCUACCACUGGCAGUACAUCGACAUCUUUGUGUACUUCAGCCAUCACAUGGUCACCGUCCCCCCGGUGUGCUGGACCAACGCGGCGCACAGGCACGGGGUCUGCGUGCUGGGCACCUUCAUCACCGAGUGGAAAGAAGGCGGACAGCUGUGCGAGGCCUUCCUGGGGGGCGACGAUCGCUCGUACCAGGCGGUGGCGGAUCGGCUGGUCCUCAUGGCUCAGUUUCUGCGCUUCGAUGGCUGGCUGAUCAACAUUGAGAACUCCCUGAGUGUGGCUGCUGUGGGGAACACGCCCCGUUUUCUGCAGUACCUGACCACUCAGCUCCAUCAGCAGGUCCCGGGGGGCCUGGUGCUCUGGUACGACAGUGUGGUGAGCAGUGGGCAGCUCAAGUGGCAGAAUGAACUCAACGAACACAACAGGGUCUUCUUUGAUGCCUGCGACGGCAUCUUCACCAACUAUAACUGGGGGGAGGAGCACCUGGAGCGCAUGCGGGGCCCGGCCGGGGAGCGCCUGGCCGACGUCUACGUGGGAGUGGACGUGUUCGCCCGGGGAAACGUCGUCGGGGGCCGGUUCGACACCAACAAGUCCCUGGAGCUGAUUCGGAAGCACGGGUUCUCAGCGGCCCUGUUCGCGCCUGGAUGGGUGUACGAGUGUUUGGAGAAGACAGAUUUCUUCCAGAACCAGGACAAGUUCUGGAGUUUGCUGACUCGCUACCUGCCCACCCACAGCAUCUGCUCCUUGCCCUUUGUCACCUCCUUCUGCCUGGGCAUGGGAACUCGCAGAGUCUGCUAUGGGCAGGAGGAGGCGGUGGGGCCCUGGUCCCACCCCAGUGCCCAGGAACUGCAGCCCCUGUUUGGGGAGCACAGACUGGAGGGCACUGGGCAGGGCUGGGUGAAGACGCACAGCUCCCUGGCGGACGCCUGGCACGGGGGCAGCUCCCUGCUCAUCCAGGGGGUGAUUCCGCCCGAGGUCAGAGACGUGGCCGUGAGGUUAUUCACCCUGCAUGUCCCGGUGCCCCCCAAGGUCUUCCUGUCGCUGGUGUACAAGCUGGAAGGGCCUUCAAGUGUCAGGGUGGCCUUGGAGCUCACCACGGGGGAUGCGGGCAGCUGUCACGUUGGUGGCAUCUCAGCACUGAAUGAAACAAGCUCCAGGCAUAGACCCCGGCCCCUCCGGGUGCCCCCCACCAAGCUGGCCAGAUGGGCGGCCCGCUGUGGCCAGCAGCUCAGUGGGGGCUGGGUCCAGCGCUGCUACGAGCUGAGCCUGCGGGGCUGCCUCCUGCAGGACCUCUUCGUCAGCUUCUCCCGGCCUCCGGGCAGCCAGGGCGAGGAGACCUUCGUCUGUCGCCUUGGAGAGAUCCAGGUGGUGGACGCCGACAGCCUGCUGAGCCCCCUGCCCCAGGUGCAGUCCGUCGCCGUGUCCAGGGCGCGCUGGCAGCGGGCGGCCCCUGAGGGGGGCCUUGAGGCCGGGCUCCGGCUCAGCUGCACCCUGCACUGGUCCUACCACCUGCCCCAAGUGCGAUGCUUCCGGAUCCACUGCUGCCGGGGGACAGGAGGCGGCCCUCCUGGGGGGCCGGGGCUGGAGAAGCCCACGCUCCUGGGCCUGGCUUUUGUCAACCAGUACCGGGUCGUGGACCUGGCGGUGGCGGAGCCCGGGCCCGGCCAGGACGGCCGCGUGGAGUUCCUGGUGGAGCCCGUCCCCAGGGAGGGGUUCCUGGUGCCUCAGGCCGAGUGGGGCAGGGUGGCCGUGCUCUACUCCAUGCCUAGCACGUGAGCGGACUCUGAAGUCGGUGCCCACCCCCUGGCUAGGGCGCCUUCCACGCUGGGGCGCAGACUGUACAGAUGGCAGCAGGAGACCCCAGGUCCUGUGGCUUUCGGGGCGGGAACAUCGGUAACAGGCCAAGGAGUUGGUCUGCUGGGUGCUGAUCCCCUGAGGUGCGCGGAGCCUCGUCUUUGUCUAAUCCCUCUCUGUAGUACUCAGUCCCCAGGGAAAAGUGGAAGGAUUGGGGAAAGUCGAGUCCAGAAAACUCCAUAAAGGGCAUUUCCUAACAGGCUAA